AUGAGUUCUCGACCAAAAAGGCUUAAAGUCUGUGAUGAAAGUGUUGUGCGGGAACUUUUAGAUGACAUAGAUGACGACUUCAGUUCUUUUAGUGAAUUUGACGACUCUGAUGAAGACGAGCAUUAUGUUCCUUCAAAUGAAUCCGAUAAUAUUCAAAGUGACAGUGGUCAUCACCAAAAACAAUUUAUAUUCAGUAAAAAUCCUGGUUUUAAAGUUGAAAUUCCAAACAAUGCGACUGCAUUGCAAUAUUUUAAAUUAUUUAUAACUGACGAAAUUAUCGACCUCAUAGUUUUAGAGACAAAUAGAAAUGCAGAUCAAGUAUUAUCUAAAUUUCGAUUAACUAAAUCUAGUAGAUUUUUGAAAUGGACACCUACCGAUGCUACAGAAAUACAACAAUUUUUGGGUUUACUAAUGUGGAUGGGGUUAGUACAAAUGCCAAGCCUGAAAGAUUAUUGGAGUUUGAAAAUAAUGUAUAAAAACAGUGUAGCUAAAAACAUAAUGUCUAGAAAUAGAUUUGAACUGAUUCUUCGUUUUUGGCAUUUUUCGGAUAAUGAGCAAGCCCCCGAAAACGACAGGAUUUUUAAAGUUCGAAAUUUAAUUCAAAAAAUUGUUAAUAAUUUUCAAAAUGCAAUGGAACCAGAGGAAAUGAUGGCAGUCGAUGAAACAAAGGUUCCAUUCCGCGGUAGAUUAAAAUUUAAACAAUAUAUUCCCGGUAAGGCUCACAAAUACGGCAUUAAAUUAUUUAAGCUUUGUGGUGCAAAUGGAUACACGUAUAACAUUCAAGUUUACGCAGGUAAAGGACAAGAUGAUGGCAGAGGUUUAGGGUGUAGUGUUGUAAUGAAUUUGACUUCUUUAUAUUUAAACGCUGGUAGAACUAUUAUUACUGACAAUUUUUACACUUCACUCAACCUAGCUAACGCACUUUUAGAAAAUGAAACACAUUUAGUAGGUACAUUAAGAUGUAACAGAGUUAAGCUUCCAGAGGUAACAAAAUCAAAAUUAAAACCUGGACAAAUAAUAGGUAAAGAAAAUUUGAACGGGGUUGUGGUAGCCAAAUGGCGCGAUAAAAGAGAUGUCACUAUGCUAUCGACUCGUAAGGCUGGGAUUGACCUGUCAGAUCAACUAUCGAGUUACAGCAGUCCAGUACGAAAGUCAAUUAGAUGGUAUCAUAAAGUGGCGACGGAGAUUUUAUUAGGAACUGCUGUAGUAAAUGCACUUAUAGUACAUAACUUAAACACACCUCAAAAUAAACUUAAAAUAACACAGUUCCGUGAAGCACUGAUUAACGAAAUACUUGGAUUGAAUCAACCAUUACUUCAUCAAGAUUCUGUUCCUACAUCAACGUCAUCGACAUCAAGACGAACAUCAUCAAAACAUAUGCUAGAUGAAACUUCAGAAAAGUGUACUAGAAAUCGAAAAAUAAGAAAGAGAUGUUACAUUGUUACAAAGAUAAAGCUGCAAUUGUUGGAUCAGUUCAGGCCUACAAAGAAGUUAAAAGAGUUACAACUUUGUGUAAGAAAUGUGAUGUGUAUACUUGUGUGGACUGUUUUUUGA